UUGCGCAGGCGCAGUAUCGGGACGCUCCUGCAGCGGACUGGGAAGCUCGCUCAGUCUUGGGCUCUCCGCGUGCAGUGCGGGCAGGCGCCCUUCAGCUCCGAGGCACGGCGUUUUGGGUGCAUCGUAACCUCUCUCGGAAGCUGUUGCCGUUCUGUGGCUCUUAGGCUACGCACCCUCUAGAAGGAGGCUGGCCGGACGGCUCCAGAAACUCCAGUUCCCGGCGUGCAUCGCGCCGCGCGAAGGACGACGGAGCUGUCCAUUAGCAGCCUGCUUAAAGGAGCCGCAGCUACUUUUCAGCUGCACGUCAGAAGCGCCUGAAGUACGAAGAGGGCGGUGCCGUCCUCAGUGUCCUGGUCCCAGGUCCGGGAGAUGAGGGCAAGUCCUUCUUGGCCCUUUGGUUCGCUGCGCUGGGGAGCUCCUGAUCGGGAACAGUGAUGCUGAGGUCGCAUGUCCAAAGAGCGGCCUCCUCCAUCGGGCCAAAAAUGUGUGUGUAAAAUGCAAGCCGGAUGCAACAGAGGUCUCUGUUCCUGUCUCGCAUCCUUGGACCAUGAAGGCGCUGGACCAGAGUGUCUUCUGGAUGCUGCUUCCCUUCCUUGGCCUGAUAGCCAGCGCUCCCGAGCACGAGGAAGUGGCCAAGCACGCCAUCAAGUUGCACCGCGGGAAGGGCGCCACUGCCACUCAGAGGAAACAGUGGGCCCUGGACAGCUGCCGGAGGCUCACUGGGCUCCUGCGCCAGAAGAAUGUAGUUCUCAACAAACUGAAGAACGCCAUCAGAGCAGUGGAGAAGGACGCCAGCCUUUCGGGCGAGGAGAAGCUCUUCCAGGUGCACACAUUUGAGAUUUUCCAGAAAGAGUUGAACGAGAGUGAAAACUCAGUCUUCCAGGCCAUCUAUGGGCUGCAGAGAGCCCUACAGGGCGAUUACAGAGACGUGGUCAACAUGAAGGAGAGCAGCAAGCAGCGCCUGGAGGCUCUGAGGGAGGCUGCCAUUAAGGAGGAGACAGAGUAUGUGGAACUUCUUGCCGCAGAAAAACACCAAGUGGAAGCCCUUAAGAACAUGCAGCAUCAAAACAAGAGUCUCUCCAUGCUUGACGAGAUUCUUGAAGACGUGAGGAAAGCUGCGGACCGCCUGGAGGAGGAGAUAGAGGAGCAUGCCUUCGAUGACAAUAAAUCAGUCAAAGGCGUCAACUUUGAGGCGGUUCUGAGAGUGGAGGAAGAGGAGGCCAGUUCCAAGCAGAACAUCACCAAGAGGGAAGUGGAGGAUGGCCUAGGCCUCAGCAUGCUUAUUGACUCCCAGAACAACCAGUAUAUUCUGACCAAGCCCAGAGAUUCAACUAUCCCACGUGCAGACCACCACUUCAUAAAGGACAUCGUGACCAUAGGGAUGCUGUCCUUACCUUGUGGCUGGCUGUGUACAACAAUAGGACUGCCUACGAUGUUUGGCUAUAUAAUCUGUGGGGUGCUUCUGGGGCCUUCAGGAUUGAACAGUAUUAAGUCUAUUGUACAGGUGGAGACACUAGGAGAAUUCGGAGUCUUCUUUACUCUGUUUCUGGUUGGCUUAGAGUUUUCUCCAGAGAAGCUGAGAAAGGUGUGGAGGAUUUCCUUACAAGGACCUUGCUAUAUGACCCUGCUGAUGAUUGCCUUUGGCUUGUGGUGGGGACACCUCCUGCGGAUCAGACCCACUCAGAGUGUCUUCAUUUCCACCUGCCUAUCCUUGUCAAGCACACCCCUGGUGUCCAGGUUCCUAAUGGGCAGUGCCCGGAGUGACAGAGAAGCAGGUGACAUCGACUACAGCACAGUGCUGCUCGGCAUGCUGGUGAUGCAGGACGUGCAGCUGGGGCUGUUCAUCGCCGUCAUGCCCACUCUCAUCCAGGCUGGAGCAAGCACCUCUUCCAGCGUUGUCAUGGAAAUAUUGCGCAUACUGUUUCUGAUUGGACAAAUUCUCUUUUCGCUAGCUGCUGUCUUUCUUUUGUGUCUUGUCAUGAAGACGUAUCUCAUAGGACCGUAUUAUCGAAAGCUGCACAUGGAAAGCAAGGGGAACAAAGAAAUCCUAAUCCUGGGAGUGUCGGCCUUCACCUUCCUGAUGCUGACGGUCACAGAGCUGCUGGACGUCUCUAUGGAGCUUGGCUGCUUCCUGGCUGGAGCCUUGGUCUCUUCCCAAGGGCACAUGGUCACCGAGGAGAUCAUGGCUUACAUCGAGCCUAUCCGUGACUUCCUGGCUAUCAUCUUCUUCGCAUCCAUAGGGCUUCAUGUGUUCCCCACCUUUGUGAUCUAUGAGUUGACUGUGCUGGUAUUCCUCACGCUGUCCGUGGUCAUCAUGAAGUUUGUGUUGGCAGUGCUGGUCUUGUCUCUCAUCCUGCCAAGGAGCAGCCAGUACAUCAAGUGGAUCGUAUCUGCUGGGCUGGCACAGGUCAGCGAGUUCUCCUUCGUUCUGGGGAGUCGAGCACGGAGAGCAGGCAUCAUCUCCAGAGAGGUGUACCUCCUUAUCCUAAGUGUGACCACACUUAGCCUCUUACUUGCCCCAGUGCUGUGGAAAGCAGCCAUCACCAAGUGUGUGCCGAGACCAGAGAGGCGGUCAAGUCUCUGACAGCACGAGAUGACCACAGACUGUGGGGCGGGGAUCCUUCCCUGGGGGUUUCCAGUCCUGAGAUGGUCGGCUGCUGCACCUCUCCGCUGGCUUCCCAUCAGAGACAGAGUAACACCGACCAAGGGGCAGAGUCCUAUGCUUGCUUGCAUUUUAAAAGACUCUCCUGUCAUGUUUAAGAAUUUUCCAGAGUAAUUUAUUUGCAGUCAGUUGAUUAUGUACAGAGUUUUAACACUGCAUUUUACAAUCACCUGAACUAUUUUGCCUGGAUGUGCCUUUUUUAAUGAAAAGUAUUAACUUCCACUUGUUAAUUUAUCAGCUUAUGAUUUUUGGUAAAGAAGAAAAAGUUGCAAGCCAUUUUAUUUAUUGUACAAUUAUAAUCUGUUGGUCAAAUAUUUGUUAUUAAACAUAAUAGCAAUAUAAAAUUUUAAUUUUAUUUUUGAGCUUGGAAACUUACUUUUGAUCUUUAAAACUUCAAUGUCCUCUUGCUUCUUGUAGCUAUUUUAAAUAAAACAUUUUCAUGUUGAUUUUUAUUAGUUUCACUUUUAAGAUACUUGAUUUUGAAUCACAGGAAUAUGAAUUCUUAAAUAAAGACCAUUUAUGACCAGGGUAUAAUUAUUUGGAACUUACUGAGCAUCCCAUUUUUUUAAAAAAAUUUACUUAUUU